AUGUCCCGAAUUACCCUCAAUCUCAGGAAAGCAGGCCGACUGACCGGGACAGAAGUUAUCACAGACGGUCCGAACGAUAUGCCAUUCUUCAAUCGACGGCAUCGGUGGGACCGCGAUAUCUACAUCGAAACACAUGUAGAAACCCACGUAUCACAGCCCUCCCCGUCUGAAGAAAUGCCUACUACUCCCUCCGACGCGGUAUCGAGAUCGACGGAUAUCCGCUUCAAAGUGCCUACGACGCCAGACUCCGUUGCACUGGACGAUCCGUUCGCGAAAGGAAGAGAGACCUACGAGAUGGCGGACUUUCGAGACAGAAAACAUCAGCUAUAG